CAAGAUGGCAGCCUCCACAGUGGCUGCAGCCAGAUGCUCUUGGGAUAUUUUGGCUUCAUUUUUGCACAAUGGGAGGAGGCGGUGUCGCGUCAUCCAUCUUUUAUACAGUCAUUGAGCUAGAGCCAGAGCAGGGGAGAGAUCUGCCCUUUAAGAUGGGUGUAAUCAACAUGUGGUGACGUGUAAGAGCAAACAGACUCCAUUCACAUGUUGUUGAGAUCAGAGCUCUGUGUGAGUUUCUCUUCCUUAUAACUGAAACUACUCUGUCACUGACACUGAGAGGAAAAAUGGCACAGAAAGGAGUUCAGCUGAACAAAGAAACAAUUUCUUGUUCCAUCUGUUUGGACCUACUGAAGGAUCCAGUGACUACAGCCUGUGGACACAGCUACUGCAUGAACUGUAUUAAAAGUUUCUGGGAUCAAGAGGACAGGAAGGGAAUCCACAGCUGCCCUCAGUGCAGGAAGACUUUCACACCGAGGCCUGUCCUGGAGAAAAACACCAUGUUAGCAGCUUUAGUGGAGCAGCUGAAGAAGACUGGACUCCAAGCUGCUCCAGCUGAUCACUGCUAUGCUGGACCUGAAGAUGUGGCCUGUGAUGUCUGCACUGGGAGGAAGCUGAAAGCCAUCAAGUCCUGUUUAUCUUGUCCAGCCUCUUACUGUGAGAAACACCUCCAACCUCACUAUGAUGCAGCUCCAUUAAAGAAACACAAGCUGGUGGCCCCCUCCAAGAAGCUCCAGGAGAACAUCUGCUCUCGUCAUGAUGAGGUGAUGAAGAUUUUCUGUCGUACUGAUCAGCAGAGUAUCUGUUAUCUCUGCACAAUGGAUGAACAUAAAGGCCAUGAAACAGUCCCAGCUGCAGCAGAAAGGACUGAGAAGCAGAAGCAGCUCGAGGUGAGACGACUAAACAUCCAGCAGAGAAUCCAGGAGCGAGAGAAAGAUGUGAAGCUGCUUCAACAGGAGGUGGAGGCCAUCAAUGGCUCUGCUGAUAAAGCAGUGGAGGACAGUGAGAAGAUGUUCACUGAGCUGAUCCGUCUCAUCCAGAAAAGAAGCUCUGAUGUGAAGCAGCAGGUCAGAUCCCAGCAGGAAACUGAAGUGAGUCGAGUCAAAGAGCUUCAGGAGAAGCUGGAGCAGGAGAUCGCUGAGCUGAAGAGGAAAGACGGCGAGCUGGAGCAGCUCUCACACACAGAGGAUCACAACCAGUUUCUACACAACUACCCCUCACUGUCAGCACUCAGUGAGUCUACACACUCAUCCAGCAUCAAUAUUCGUCCUCUGAGCUACUUUGAGGCUGUGACAGCAGCUGUGUCAGAGACCAGAGAUAAACUACAGGACAUUCUGAGAGAGGAAUGGACAAACAUCUCACUGACAGUCACUGAAGUGGAUGUUUUACUGUCACCACCAGAGCCAAAGACCAGAGCUGGAUUCUUAAAAUAUUCACAUGAAAUCACACUGGAUCCAAACACAGCAAACAGAUAUCUGUCAUUAUCUGAGGGGAAAAGAAAAACAAAAGUAAUGAAACAGAAAGUGUCUUAUUCUGAUCAUCCAGACAGAUUCGCAUAUUAUUGGCAGGUCCUGAGUAGAGAGAGUCUGACUGGAUGUUAUUACUGGGAGGUGGAGUGGAGAGGAAAAGCGGUUUACGUAGCAGUCGCAUACAAGAAUAUCAGCAGAGCAGGGCGCUCAGAUGAAUGCAAAUUUGGAUACAAUGACAAAUCUUGGGCAUUACGUUGUGAAAAGGAGAGAUGCAAAUUUUUCCACAAUAAUGUCCACACUGAUCUCUCAGGUCCUCGGUCCUCCAGAGUAGGAGUGUACCUGGAUCACAGAGCAGGUAUUCUGUCUUUCUACAGCGUCUCUGAAACCAUGACUCUCCUCCACAGAGUCCAGACCACAUUCACUCAGCCGCUCUAUGCUGGACUUUGGCUUCAUGGAGAUGGAGACACUGCAGAGUUGAUUAAACUGAAAUAGACAGAAGUCAUUGCCAGAAAGUUGCUGAAAACAUGCUUUAGUUUCCAGUUUCCUUGGUCUCUUGUUCACACAGAGAUCACGUCAGUCACACUUUAUCUUUGCUACUUUGACAUCUUAUUAUUUAUUAUCUAGUUAAUGACUGACUUUGUUUGAGGGGCCCUCCAUCUUAUGUCUGUUUAGCCUCCAUGACUUUAGCUGUUGAGGUUGUCACUGUUCAUGAUGAUUUUCAUUCAGCUAAACUGAUGUUCAUGUUCAUGAAAAUUUAUGUUUCUGUGCUAUAAAUGUUUCGUGACUAUUUUUUUAAGAUGUCAUUGGUUUCAUGUUUGAAGAAAAAGCAGUGACGGACAUUAGACAACUGUAAAAAUGGGAAGCAGUUUGUUCGCACUAAUCAAAACAGCUACCAUCUUCAUCUCAUGCGGCCCCCCUGGCGCCAGCUGGUUGCUCAAGGCAAAAGCUGACAGGAAUAACAAAAUUCUCCUUUAGAUAACAAGACUGUGUUGUGACUUUCUCCCUCCUCAUUCAAGGCCACCCGCGUCGACCGAAGACUGUCGACUUUUGCCUAAUCAGGUGAAGGGACACUUUCUCUCGGUUGAACACGGAACACACACACACUCACACGCACACAUACGCAUGUACACUGACACAGACCUACACUCACCCCCCACCCCUUCCAGACGCCUUCAAAGCUUAUGUCUUCUAUGUUGUGAGAUGUGCUGAUUCAUGUGCUGAGGUGUUUUUUUCUCUGUUCUCAAACUGAUCUCCCUGUUGGAGCUCAGUCUGGGGGAGUUAUUUUUUCUCCUUGUUUUUCCUCAUGUUGUGCAUUUUCCAUUUAUACCUCUCUGACCUGUCUUCCCCAGGUCGGAGGGUAAGAUGGCGCCGCCAUUGCGUGCAAUAGGUCGGCAGCCUUAACAUGAAAUUUCCCCUUGUGGGACUAAUAAAGGUAUAUCAAUAUCAAUAUCAAUGUUUGUGCAAAUAUAGAGUCACAUGAUCACUCUGCUGUAAACCUGUGUAGUCAGUAGAUGGUGCUGACUGUGUUUGUCUUUGUGAACGCUGUAACGUCAGAGUUAGGAUCUACUUAGUUUAACACAGAAAUAUGUGUACGAGUUUUAGUUUAAGUAAUUAUAACUGUUAUAUAAACCUACAGACGUGACAUGAAUCUAAAUGUUAUUUCGUGUUGUUUAUUUCCUCUUCAGAGCAAACCUAUGCACACUCACAGAUUACAAAGGCUGUAAAACCUGUACUGUGCCCUUCAUUACUGUGCUGUGUAAAUAUCUGAGCCAACUAAAUAAAUGACUGGACUGCA